AGAGCGGAGGCAGGAGGACGAGGAGGAGGAGGAGCCGUCGCAGGAUGAAGGAUCGGACUCAGGAGCUGCGGAGUGCAAAAGACAGUGAUGAUGAAGAGGAGGUGGUCCAUGUGGACCGGGACCACUUUAUGGAUGAGUUCUUUGAACAGGUGGAAGAGAUCCGGGGCUGCAUUGAGAAGCUGUCAGAGGAUGUGGAGCAGGUGAAAAAACAGCAUAGCGCCAUCCUGGCUGCCCCCAACCCAGACGAGAAGACCAAACAGGAGCUAGAGGACCUCACUGCAGACAUCAAGAAGACGGCCAACAAGGUUCGGUCCAAGUUGAAAGCGAUCGAGCAAAGCAUUGAACAGGAGGAGGGACUGAACCGUUCCUCUGCGGACCUGCGCAUCCGCAAGACCCAGCACUCCACACUCUCCCGGAAGUUCGUGGAGGUAAUGACAGAAUACAACGCGACUCAGUCCAAGUACCGGGACCGCUGCAAGGACCGGAUCCAGCGGCAGCUGGAGAUCACCGGAAGGACGACGACCAAUGAAGAGCUGGAGGACAUGCUGGAGAGCGGAAAGCUGGCCAUCUUCACGGAUGAUAUCAAAAUGGACUCGCAGAUGACGAAGCAGGCCCUGAACGAGAUCGAGACGCGGCACAACGAGAUCAUCAAACUGGAGACCAGCAUCCGCGAGCUGCACGACAUGUUUGUGGACAUGGCCAUGCUCGUGGAAAGCCAGGGUGAGAUGAUUGACCGCAUUGAGUACAACGUGGAACAUUCUGUGGAUUACGUGGAGCGGGCUGUGUCCGACACCAAGAAAGCCGUGAAAUAUCAGAGCAAGGCCCGGAGGAAGAAAAUCAUGAUCAUCAUUUGCUGUGUGGUGCUGGGGGUGGUCUUGGCGUCGUCCAUUGGGGGCACGCUGGGCUUGUAGACCCCACGGCCCCAUCUCUCCCAGACCCCUCCCCCACCACAUUGGGAGCAAUACCCCCACCGUCCCUUUUACUCCACCUCCUGCUCCAGGCUCACCCCCAAGACAGACCCAGGCAGCCCCACCCCUUCCUCCACCCCCCACGUCAGACCCUGGAGUUCCUGGUCCCCACCCUGACAUGGACCACUCCACCUGUCCCCGCACGUAGAUAGCAGCAGGCGUGAUUACACAUGCACACCAACAUGCAUGCCGCCAGCACAUGCUUGAGACGUGCGGACACCCCAGCGUGUGCGUGUACGUGUGUAGAUGCACCACAUUGCCCCUCCUGCCCCACCUCACGUCUGUGUGUGGCCUGAUUUCCCCCGGGGUGUUGUGUAGACUGUGGUCGAGUAUAACACAGCAGCCCACUGAGUCCUGCUCUGUCUUCUGUGUGUGUGUGUGUGUGUGUGUGUACACAGAUCCAUGGACAUAACAUUUGUGUACGUGGAAUUUUGUGUUUGAGCGUCCGAAUCUAAUGCAACAACA